CUGACCAACUAAAAGUCAGUUGAGUCAGCGUAAAUGUUCAGAUUAUUUUCGACCGUCUGAAAUGAGCACGUUGGAGGCGUCCGCUAUGUUACCAUCAAUCGCGUCUCCUCAUAAAAAGGCAAAAAUGGAAGGCCAACAGAUAGUGGAUUUCUCUGAAUCGAAGUUUGUGAAAUACUACAAGGCUGGCUCAAAACAGACAGGAAAUUUCGCAGACGUCGAAGCAGGCGCUGUUAGCUUAUCGCAAAGCCCCCCAGUUGAGACGCAAAUCAUAACAGCAGUGGAUGGUUCAAAUGCUAAGCAGUGUUUUGUUGAAAAACAUCCUCGUAUUGAAGUUUCUUUAAACUUCUCGAAUGUUGUUGACAGCAAUCCUCGAUUUACGACAAAAUUUGACGCCGAAAAUAAAGAGAAUUUCAUGACAGAAAUUCUAGAGUCUGGUAACAUCCCAAAUCCUUUGCACGAUACACCGCCAUCCAGAGUAAUCCAUUGUCGCGCGGUGGCCGAUGGGACGAAGGAAACAGAUCUAAUUAGUGUUCUUCAACCGUUUGGGAAAAUAACAUACGUAGCUCUACUUCCAAAGAUACGCCAGGCACUUGUAGAGUUUGAAGAUAUUGAUAAUGCUGUGUCGCUCGUAUGUUUUGCACAGGGCAAUCCUAUUAUUCUACUUGGUCGUCAAAUGUACGUAAACUUUUCGAAAAGUCAAGAAAUUAAACGGGACAAGAUUCCUAAUGGUCAUUAUCCUGUGUCUGUUUCUCCUCAAAGUCCCGGAGAUCAGGAAAUGUGCGGCCAUAUUCUACUAUUGACAAUCAUGAAUGCAUUGUACUCCAUUGAUGUAAAUGUCAUAUCUCAAGUGUGUAAUCCAUAUGGUAAUGUCUUGAAAAUUGUCAUAUUUCACAAAAAUGGUUUACAGUGUCUAGUCGAAUUUGACAGUAUUCAGUCUGCUGAACAGGCUAGGAUGUAUCUUAAUGGUAAAGAUAUUUAUCCUGGUUGUUGCACAUUAAAAGUCGAGUAUUCAAGGGCAAAAAAAUUAAAUGUGUAUAAAAAUGAUGACGAGACUUGGGACUUUACAGUACAAGACAAGAGCGAACAAUGUGUCAAUGACGAAUGUUGUAGUACAAAUAUUAUAAGUCAGUUAAGUCCAACAGGAAUGUCUGGCAGCCAGUUACCAAUCACUAAUGAAACCUUGGCAAAUAUAUCAGCAUUUCCCACCGUUCAUAGUAUACUGUCCAAGCUGAGUGUUUUACCAGCAGGUGGCACCAGUGAAACAUCUGCUUGUGAUGCUAUGUCUUCCUCCAUUACCUCGAGUUCAGAUGGCUCAGAGAUUAUGGGUUUGUAUCCCAGUGUCCCCAACAGUCCCGGUGGACUCUCGCCAUUACCUUUAACCAGCCAAAAUGUUAUCGGUGUUGGGCAACAUUUACUCAACCCAGACGGUGGUGUUGGAUGUGUUCUUAUGGUGUACGGAUUAAAUCCAGAAAAACUAAACUGUGACCGUCUUUUUAACUUGUUUUGUCUUUAUGGCAAUGUUAUUAAGAUAAAAUUUUUAACGAACAAACCAGGCGUUGCUAUGAUUCAGAUGUCAGAUAAAAUGGCGUCCGAAAUGAUUAUAAAGAAUUUAAAUGGUCUGGAACUAUUUGAAUGCAAGCUUGUUAUAGCUUUUUCCAAGCACCCUUACAUAGCGGGCUCAUCAACCGUGAAUACGUUGAAUGAUGGCACACCAGCCACUGUAACAUAUACAGAGAAUAGAAACAACAGAUUUAAAUACAUACCUGAAGGGCAAAGCCUGAAAAAUAGACAUUACACUACAGGAUAUCAACCUCCUACUCGCAUGCUCCAUUUCUUCAACGCACCACGCAAUUGUACACUAGAUCAACUUAAAGACGUAUUUAUUACAUCUGGAGCUGAUUCACCCAUCCGUGGAACUUUCUUUUCAAAAGGAAGUGCUAAAUCCUCCAGUGGUUUACUCGAAAUGCCUCGGGUUCAAUCCGCUGCUGAAGCGGUCGUGCUUGUGAAUCACGUGACUAUUAAUCCGGAAGGUGGUGGAUCAUACACGUUGAAAUUGGCAUUUUCACCAAGCUCCACAAUCACACCUUCUGCACCUACUGUCGCACCUGCAGUCGCUGCUGCUGCUGGAAUUGCAUUUGGAAAUCGCUCUCCGCGAAGGGAAACUUUUCCGAGUCAUGAAAAUCUCGUAUCGCGACUUGGUCCCAUCGGAAGUAGACCUCCAGGGAAUCCGUCUUUACUGUUGGUUUCGUAAGCUGGAAGUAUAUGCUGUGACAAGGUGGCCAAGUCACUUGCUCGAGGUAUAACUCUAUUUCCAUCACAAUUUUACAUUCGUAAAUAUAAUAGAUGACAUAACAACAAAGUAUAUAAUGUCUUGAAUAAGUACAAAUGUAUUAAUUUUUAUAUAAAGUGAAUAAGUUUCGAAACGAUUUAACAUAUCCAUAACUACACCUCAAAUGAGCUUUUUUGUCAACAAGCCUUUUAAAAUCCUCUUUUUGACCUAAACCUACGGUUCUGCUGCAUUUAGGAGGGGGAAGACAAUUAUAGCGGGAGCUUUAAUAUUGUACUUAAACUUGUUAAAACACUAACGUUCACAAUAAUUCUAAUAUCGAAUCAGUCUUUUGAUUUGCUUAUGCUGUGUUUUUUUUUAAUUUUCCAUUAUUAAUCUAAAAUAUGCUUUGUAUCAUUCAUAUUUCUCCAAGGUUUUUGACACAAAGCUCAUAUUGAGACAAAAAGUAUUUAACAUCUAAAUAUAUUUAUGUGUUUUUCUCCUUCACGCAAGCUUAUUUCGCUUAGAAGACAUUUAGUCUAAUUGAUGUUAGUUUCUUGAAUUUUUGUGCUGUGGAGAAAGUAAUGCCAGGUGUCAACAAGUUGUUAUUAGUUGGGCUGCUUUUUGUUCAUCCACUGCUUAGUAAUACAAUUGCAACUACAAAAAAUCAUUUACGAAAGGGAGUGCUUGAGAUAAGCAAUAAAUGUUUUUUACUUUCUACUUGUAUUUAAUGUUAAAUGGUUUCCACUGCAUGUAUCUUCUGUUUAGUCUAUUUAACUUACUAUACAGCCCGCAAAAUGAGCUUGUUGGCACAUGGCUGUUUUAAAUUAUCGUUCUUAACUAGCCUUUCAUGUUGUUGGCCGCUGCCAUAUACUUUGCUCAAAAUCGAAUGAUAAUAUUGAUGUCAUUGCCCCAGAUACGUACAAAUCUUGUUCGUGCCAGUUCUUUCACUUACUAGGUUUAUAAACUAGUAUGGUACGAUUAUGGAGGGUAUUUUGGACCUCGUUAAAUAUACAAUAAUUAAUAAUGUACCAUUGUUUUUAUUUAGCUUUUUAAGAUGAUAUAUAUUUGUGUUACUUUGUCGUAAUGCUUAAACGUUGUAUUGUAGAAAAAAUAUCAUCAAAAUUGUACUUAUAUGUUAACACAUAGUGCACUCGCAAUGUUUACAUACAGAUUUAUCAAUAUAUUAAUAGCAUUGUAAACGACACUUUUAAUUUGAAAAAUUAAAGUGAAAUUCACAUA